GAGAGAGAGAGAGAGAGAGAGAGAGAGAGGGAGAGAGAGAGAGCGCGCAGAAGCACGGUGCUGAAUAACGAGCUGUUCCGGUACGUGGCUGAUGAUUAGCAUGACGCGCUGGAAUGGUAUUCGGACUUCGGGUGUGAUCGUAGCUGAUAGACUCUCAGGCGGGCCGGGCGACUCCUCCCCAUCUCCUCCGUGACACUACUUUUCGGUUGUUUAUGUUGGUUGUUUUUUUUGGCGUGCGUGUUUGAGGAAGCAGAGAGACAAAAACGAGCUACACUUUCAACAGAGAAUGGCAUUUUAAAAGUUAUCCCAAAGCGCUGAUAUCCCGUGACGCCGGGUUGCUUUUUUUUCUCUUGAGACACACACGCACGCACGCACGCGCGCACGAACACACACGCACGCACGCGCGCGCAGCCUUGUGAUUUUUCCUACGAAGCGACCACGAGUACUCAUACACAUCUAGCAGGCUGCAGAAAGGGAAAGGUUCUCUUUGAUUUGGCCGGACUGAAACAUGCUCUAAGGGUUGCUGUACUGUUACACAAGGUCAGUUUAUUUUGCUCGUGAGAGCUGUCACUGCUACUGGACGUGCAUGUGCUGUGCCGCUGCUGCUGAGAGAGAGAGAGAGAGAGAGAGAGAGAGAGAGAGAGAGAGAGAGAUGGUUGCUCCGGUGAAGUUACGAGGCAGCGCCAACGCUUAAAGUCGAAACCAGACAUCCCAUGGACUGUGGCCGAUUUUUAUACAUAAGCUGCCCGGCAUUUUGCAGGUCUAAUUUCUUCUAUUCUGUGCGCCGUGCCUGAUUAUUAUUAUUAUUAUUAUUAUUAUUAUUAUUAUUUUUAUUAUUAUUAUUAUUAUUUUUAAAUAAACGAUCUUCUGGACAUUUUCCACAUUUUUCUACUCUAUGUUUGUCUUUGUUUAUACGAACCCGACAGUGCGCUGAGGACAUCGAGGCCACUGUAAACACAAACUGAAACGUGACUGAGAAAGAAAGCAAAGCUGAUAGCACAGCAGCACUCCCGCUUUGGGCUUUUUAAGAGAAAGGAAUAAAACGCAGAUCUCGGCUGUAAUGAUGCUGCAAGUGGAAAUGGUGCUGUUCAUGUGUGUGCUGCUGUGGAUGUGUGUCCUGAGCCAAGAGCCGAGCUCCAAGGUGAUGGCCGACCGAUACGCUGUCUACUGGAACCGCACAAACCCCAGGUUUCACCGUGGAGACUACCACAUCGAUGUCUGCAUAAAUGACUACUUGGACGUCUACUGCCCACACUAUGAGGACUCAGUGCCCGAGGAGAGGACCGAGCGCUAUGUCCUCUACAUGGUGAACUACGAUGGCUACAGCACAUGUGAUGACACAGCCAAGGGCUUCAAGCGUUGGGAAUGCAACAGGCCACACUCACCCAAUGGCCCGCUCAAAUUCUCUGAGAAGUUCCAGCUCUUCACACCCUUCUCCUUGGGUUUUGAGUUCCGGCCAGGCCGAGAGUAUUAUUAUAUAUCAUCCAUGGUUACAGAGAGUGGAAGAAAAGGUUGUCUUAAGCUGAAAGUUUUUGUCAGACCAGCAAAUGACACCAGUCACGAAUCAGCUGAACCAUCUCGGAGUGAUACAGCUAAUUCAGGGCAUCAGCCCCUGAUGGCACGUGCACUGAUAGCUUUCUUGUUGUUCUGCAUCUCUGCACUUCUCUCCUUAUAGCCCUAUAUGUCCUACCUGCAGACAAGUCCCAGCAGCCCCCACUGCUCCUUGCCCAAGCAGCCACAAGGCUUGUAUAGGCAAGGUCUCCAGGCCACAGGAUUCCUCUGAGACUCUGCAGGAGAACUACAUUUGGCCCUUUUCCCAAAUAUUUAAGUGGUCCUUUAUCAAGAAGAAAAUAUUGAUUAGUAGUGAGGGAGAAAGCUAAUUUGGCCUUUAGAAAAUCAGCGGAGAACUCAAUCAAGUUGUAACAUCACUUGGGAUCCAUGCCAAGCAGCCAAGUUUAAAAAACUGUGGUUUUAAGUGGUUUUUAAUUAAAAUAAAUAUGUAUAAAUGUCUACAUAAAGGGUGUUCCCUGGCACAGAUUUAUGAGACAUUGAAAGUCUAAUUGUCUGUCUGUUCCUGUUGGCUUUUUUUUCCCUACCCCAUAAAAAUUUGCAAGGAUCAACAGAUUGUCAAAAUCUAAAUUUGACUAAAACUGUGUAUGUCCAGAUGGCUGGAAGUCUGGAGAUUGGGCUCCAAGCGGAAAAAGGCUGUGUAUGUAUGUUAAUUGACAUAAGGUUGAAAUGGAAAUGAGAGAGAGGUAAAACAUUUAUUAUCUGCAAUCAAGGGACUUAUCUUAGUAGACCACAGCAUUAAAACAGUGCUUUUGUAUUUUGUAGGAUAAACCUACUGCAGCAUAAAUAACUCUAUUUUUCCUGUUGGCUUUUAUCUAUUGAUAUAAAAUAGCAACAUUAACAAAUCAUAGAAACUCCUGGUCAUAAUGACUGAGUAUGCAGCUCUGUAUAUACAGCACCACAAGAGACUGCACAUGGUUGACGUUAUUUCCCCCUAAUUUUCUGGAUGGAAAUAUUAGCACCUCUUGCACUCAGCUUUGCAAAUAAGAUUGAGAGCUAGGAUAAAAAUGUAUGUAAGACUGCAGAAGCAUUUUAUUUUCAACUGCAUUGAAAUGUUCAUUAACCCAUGUAAAGUGCCCACAUAUUCUUAUACAACAUUAACAUUAACUAUGACACCAAAUUUCUUUGUGAGCCUGCUCUUUGCCUUUGCAUGGCAGCCUUAAAUAUAAAAUGUGCUUUUUCCGGCCUGUAACAAGUAGGCUCAGGCUUGAAUAAGACCAGAGCGUGCCCAGUUACACCUCUAACUAUUUCAAUUUAAGUGACUCUUUAAUGAGGUUUCAAUUUACUGGCAUGCAGAGCCUAUGCUGUCUGUAUUUGUCGUAUUGAAACUAGAAGGUUAAUUGCAUGGAUAGUGCUGAGGUGACACAUUUCACUGGGAAUUUUUUUAACCUUGCAGUCAGAGUGUUCUGUGUGGGGUGAGAAUACAAGCAACAGGUCAGACUGAGAAGUUGUGGUACUGAAGGCAUGAGCAAUUAAGUACACGGCACAAUAAACAAUGGUGGGAACUUUUAAAAAGGUCUGAUAUUUUGUAAUUGUUUCUGCUUUUUCAAUUCUCAGUAGGCCUGUAUUUUCCCCUCUAAUUUUUCUUUCUGGGGUGCUGGAGAGGAGGUGCAUUCCUGUUAAAAUUGUAACUGUUUAUGCAGAAAGACCACUUGGGGUGUUAAACUAAUUCAGAGGAGGAAAAUGCCACCACAUGUGCUUAAUUUCAUGGUCCAAAUCCAAAACUAUGGAAGCCUUUGGAACUUUAAUUCAAUAGUAUUUGUAUACCUACCAUUUAUACACUUGAUUAUAAUGCUUACCAUACUUUAUACACACUUUAAACCAGGAAUUUAGGCGCAAUUACAUGGAUACUGUGUAUCCUAAAGUAGUCAAGAUGUCAUUAAACAACCACAAAAUACAUCACCAACCACAAUUAUUGUUGUUAUUAUUAUUAUUAUUAUUAUUAUUAUUAUUAUUAUUAUUAUUAUUAUUGAUAGGCAAAAGCUGUUGUAUAUAGUGUUUGAUAUGGAGGUAUUCAUUUGGUUAAAUCUUUUCUAAGAAAAUAUCUAAUAAAGUGAAAAAAGAUUUCUGAAGAACUGAAGUGAGUGAAGUGACACGACCAUGAUCUUCAGAAACCAAUGGAGUCAGUACAUAAACUUAGAUCUGUGGAGGGAAACCAACCGGCAUCCGGAGCAUUUCAUCUUUCACGUGCCUGUAUUUCCUCCCAUAACCAUCAAAUGCAAGAUUCAGUCAGAGAGCAGUGGUGGAUUGUAUGUAACUGGAUUCAGUGUUUUUUUGUUUUUUUUUAGGGUUUCGUUGUCUGAAAGCAUUUCUUUUACAGCUUUUUUUUCCCAUGAAGGACUUGUCAAUUUCCUUAUGUGGCAUGCGCAUGAACUUGACAAUGAAAAACAUGUUAGAUCAAGUGUUGUUUUUGCUUGUUUUCCCCUCUGUUUUUUCUGUAUGACGAUGACAUAAAUUAUGUGCUUCUCUCAAAGCUUUGUCCAUUGAAAUGGGAGCAUUGCACAGAUGACAAGAUGAGUAGUUUUACCCACACUACCUAGCAGACUGGAGGAUGACCAUAUAUCGCACUGUUAUGGACUGGCAGCAAGGAUACAGAGAUACAGCAAGGUUAUGUCUGCUUUCUGUUUUAUCUUAUAAGGAAAUUUCUCCUUCAUAAAAUAAUUUAUUUAAACCAUGGAAAUCAUGUUAUUACACAAUAAUUCAACACUCACAAUGCUUCUUUCCCUCUUUGUGAGAUGCAGCCACUUUUGGUUGUCAGUGAGGUGGCCUUUCCUGCCGUAGUCCUUAAAUCCUUUAAAAUGCCAAGACCAGUGUUUGUACCAUCCAGUCAUUGGCACCUUUGUUCUGAUUUGAUUUAUUGCUUAUUCAACCCUUACGCUUUUUCUCGUAUUCUGGGGAUAACUCAUUUGUACAUAUACUGUAUAUCAGAGGCCCAUGUGCUCCUGUUGUUGUUUUUUUUUUUUUUUUUGUGAUUCUCAUUUUUCCUUUGCAUCUCUUGGUGCUGUGUAUGAUCAGCUUUCACAACUGUACAAACAGGAACAGAAUUUUGAAACAAAUAAUAAAAAUUUAAAAAAAAGGUCUGUAUUUGUAUAUACAUGUGUCUGAGGAACUAUGAAUAAUGAUUAAAGGAAAAACACACUG